GAUAAGCCCACUCACAUUUUUUUUUGACUCGGGGAGUACCACAUAUGCUGCAUACACGUUAUGUUAUUGUCUCCUUUCGUUCUACUUCUUCUUCCUUGAAUGUCAGUUUACCACAACGAUAACAACCCCGUCCCACAACCGCCCACUAUUGCUGACAUGAGUAGCAGCAGUAGCAGCAACUACAGUGUGAGCAGCAACAGCAACUGUAACAGCCCAGAAGCAGAAGUGACAAAAUGCCAACAACACCACCCAUCACUACAACAGCAGCAGCAGCAGCAGCAGCAGCAUCACUACCAGCAACAUCAACAGCAAUCACGUAUGGACGUUUUUCGCUUACCAGUUGCUACUACUGCCACCACAGCCAGCCCACCUACUAGCAUUAGUGCUGCCCAGCUUCAACAACCAGUAGAAUACCCUCCACGCAUUCCAGUUGUCAUGCGACAUCCACACUUGGUUGCUUCCGUGAAACAGUACCGGUCUGAAGCGCAGCGACAACAACUGCAACGACACAUCGUAUCAGAAUCAUUUGUUCCCAUGGCGCCGGAUCUGAUAAAGCCACCGCGACGACGACGGCGCCCUCCCUUUUCGUAUUCGUCAUUGAUUGCGCAAGCGAUAUUGGAGGCAGACCAGGAACGAAUGACACUCCAAGAAAUAUACAAAUGGAUCAUGGAUAAAUAUCCUGCGCUCUACGAUGAAAAUGAUACGGGUUGGCAGAACACAAUUCGUCACAACUUGUCUCUGAACAAGUGCUUCAAAAAGGUCCCGAAAGCUGAGCUGGACGGAACAAACUCCCGCGGGAAGGGAGGCUACUGGACGGUGGAUGCAGUGUAUAUGGAAAAGUUUAAAAACGGUGCAUUUGCGAGAGGCACCUCGUCCACCGUCUUAUCGCGGAGGAAAAGUCCUCGGCAACUACGCAUGAAACCGCCACAGCCGUCAUCGUCAUCACCGUCACCUUCCACUGCUGAAGGGAACACGCCACAGCCAUCGUCAUCGUUACCGCCCCUUUUGCCAGCGCCAGCUCCAUUGACACCCCAGUCUCAGCCGUCAGCAGCAGCAGCAUCAGCAGCAGCAGCAGCAUCAUCGUCUUCAUCGGUGUUGUUGUCACCGUUACCGAGCAUACUAUCAUCUUCGAUGCCAUUUUCCCACCCCGCUUCAUCAAUUACUACUUCCUUAUCACAACCUCCGUUUCCACCACCACAGCAACCAUCAUCAUCAUUAGCAUCCUCAUCACCUAUUAUUAUUACCAAGGCAUCUCAUCCAUCAUCAACACAGCAAAAAAUGCGAAUAUGCGAUUUGCUUAAUUAGGGAGGAAAGGGGACGCACGCUUUCAAUAUCUUCUGGGGGACUUCUGGAGCUGGAGCGAAAAUCAUAAUUUGGCUUUGUCAUUUCCAACACCUUUUUACCCGACC